AUGAUAUCCAUAAUCAGAACCUCAAUCAUCGUCGGUCUCCGAAUAAACAAGAUUCAGCUCAAAGUUCUCUUUGCAAGUCUUACAACGAUAGCCAAGUACACGAACAGCGAGGAGGGCAGUGUGCUACCUUCUCAGGAUCUAAGAGGUCGACGCUGGGUCGGCUACCUCGUAGACGAGAUGGCCAACGUCAUUUCAUCUCAAUAUCAUAAAACACCGAACGCUUGUGCGGUAUUGAAUCCCUUGCUUGGCUACCUUUGUAGACUGCGUCAACUUAACGCUAAUUUCCUCGAUGUGAACUUUCUACCCACAGGGCGAUUUUUGACCCAGGUAAUCACACAUUUGGCUGAUCCAUUGGAAUGGGCAAAAAUCGAGGAGACUACCGAUACUCAUACCUUGUGGCCCCUGUAA